AUGCAAGCGUACGUAAUGCUGAGGUUGAUUUGCGCCGUCAAGGUCGUUUGGAUGGAUGUUCAUUGUGAAAUGAAUCAAGAAGUCGAUUCCAAUUAUCCAAAUUCGUACUCUAAAGAAGUUGAGGAAGCGCUUUCCCGGCUUAAUUUAAAAUCAGACAGUUUAGAUGAUCCUGAUUUUAAUGUCAUUUCUUAUAUUAAUGAGAGAUUUCCCAGCGAACAGUCACUGGCAAAUAUAGAUGAGUUGAUAGUUGAAGCGGAAGGAAAAAUUCGCGAACUAGACGAUGAGACUAGAGACCUACUACGUGGUCGCUGGCAAACAGAGGAUAAAGGACAAGAGGUUGUUCAGGAUGCAAAGGAUAUGAUAAAAGUACUAUUCUCUAGAAUACAGGAUGUUCAAGAUCGAGCUACUAGAUCAGAAGAAAUGGUACAAGACAUCACUCGGGAUAUACAGCAACUUGAUCAAGCUAAGCGUAACCUAACUGUUUCCAUAACUGCCCUCAAUAAUUUAAUUCUUAUCGUGAACACCAUUGAUCGUCUGAACGAAUUACUUGGAAUACAAAGUUCAGUGGAUGAUCCAAUGUUUUUUGCGAAGAGCAAUGACACAAAUGCCAGUGCUCAGAAUCCAUUUUUAGAAGUUGACUCUGAAUCCUGGAUGAAUGAAAACCAUCCACCUGAAAAAACAAAGUUUCAAAGAUUUGUACCGUCCUUUUUGGCCGAAAUAUCAAAUUUAUUAGCUCAAGUUCAACGCUUAUUACAACCUAUGCUGUCAGCCUAUGGUUCAGUGUCAUCUGUGGCUGGAUUAUCUCGAGAAUUGGAUUCCAUUCAUUCAGUCCUUGCAGAUCGUUUGACUAAGGAACUCAAACUGUUACUAGCAGCUACUCGAACAGUUACAGAUAACAAGGAACUGAUUUUAUCAGCCUGUGAACUAGUUGACUUACUCCCUAAGAGUUUUCAUCUCGAUUCGGAUAUUGUAAAUUGGUUUAUUUCUCAUCAUCUAACUGAGUAUAAGGAGCUAUUCGAUCCAACACAGACUACUGCUUGGUUGGAUAAAAUCGAUCAGCGAUACAACUGGUUAAGAAUUAAUUUGGUCCCCUUAGAACGUUUAUUUAUUUCAGUGUUUCCUCCCUCUUGGCUGGUGACUGAAAGAUUUGUUUUGGAGUUUUGUCAUAUUACACGUGGUGGCUUAGAAACUGUUAUGAAACGACGUCAGUCGGAACUUACCCAUAAUCUAAUUGUUUUCGCAUUGCAACGCACCUUAUCCUUCGAGGCCAGUUUGAAUAAAGCAUAUACGUCUGAAGCGCUAGAAGAAUUACAAUCUAUGAUAGUUAACGGUAAGAGUAUGGAGAGUUCAUCUAAUCCAUUUGAUGAUAAUGAGGAUGAGGAAGAUGGUUUAGAUGAUGCACAAUCUAAAAAUCCUGCAGAGGCUAAGGAUGAUUCAUCAACAAAUGAUUCUAAACACAAUUGGAAGAAGCAGAUUUUUGAUGGAAUUAUAUCUGGCUGUUUCGACCAAUUCUUUGACCUCUAUUUGGUUCAUUUGGAUAAAGGUCUGAGAGAACAAAUGACAAAUCGUUUGAUUGGUGAUUUCACUGUUAAUAAAUCAAGUUUUGAGAACAGGGAUCUUGGAGAUGUAUUCAGAGAUGAUAAUCCAUUUGACACUGUACAAAUCAAACCAAAUCCCAAUGACCCUGGCGAGAAUACUCUAUAUUCUGCUACAGAUUUAUUCUUGUUCUAUAAACAAAUCUUAAAACAAACUCUCCAGUUGAAUCGGGGUCAUGGUUUGUUAGGACUUGUUCGUCUUUUAAGGCAGUAUUUGUCUGAAUACACGGUUCGUGUGCUCUUGGCUCAAAUUCCAGGCUUAGCGAUUACCAAUACUAGUGGAACUAACGUUGGCUUAUCUGCACCGGAUGUUGCAGCGAAAAUGGCGGCAUUCGGUUUAAGCAGUCUCUCAGCUCUUGGACUUGGUCGUGGUCAAACGGGACUCGGUGCAGCUCUAGAAAAUAUUAGGACACAAACAAAAAACAGUUCUGCGCAAUCUGAUCUGAUAAGUUCAUCAAGCAACCAGGUGAUUAACAAUUUACUUCGUGAUGAUGUACAAGGAGUUCGACUGAGUAAAGAUGAUAUCUACAAGGUGUGUGUCAUACUUGUUACAGCAGCAUUUUGUCUGAAGACUGUUGAAGAUUUAGAGAAGCGUCUAAAACAUGAAAUCAGACCACCUAGCUGGGGUUCAAAAAUAUCAUUUGCUUCUGAACUUGAUGGUUUAGCAACUUGUAGAUCUGUUUGUGUCCACCGCCUGGUUGCAGACUUGGAAGCUGGUGUUGAACCGCAGCUAGUCGCUAUGGCACGUUUACCUUGGAAUAAUCUUGUACAAGUUGGGGACCAAAGCGCCUAUGUUACAGCCAUUGUAAAUCAUCUUCGCACUCAAAUCCCACUGAUACGAGAAACAUUGUACACCGUCAGGCCAGCUUUUACUCAAAUAUGUAUAAAAUUUGCUGAUGCAUUAAUUGCGAGAUUCGUUAAUGCCUUAUAUCGUUGCAAACCGGUCAAUACUUUUGGAGCUGAACAGCUUUUAUUGGAUACUCAAUCGUUAAAGGCUUCUCUUCUUCAAAUGCCUCUUCUUGGAGCUAAGUUUACUCAGACACCUCCACGAAGCUUUACAAAUCUAGUUCAUGAAGGUAUGGGGAAGGCGGAACGUAUUAUCAAAGCAGUUAUGUUACCAGUCGGUGUCGCUACGCCAGGAAAGCAAGAGUCAACAACUCCUCCAAGUGGAUUUGUAAUGGGUCCAGUUGAUACAAAUGCAGCUAAUGUAUUUUUAGCUAGUUACGAACAAUUAUUACCUGAUCUAACUCAAACUGAUCUACAAAAUGUUUUGGAUAUGAAAGGUGUGAAAUUCAGUGAACAACAGUUGAUUUUAGAAAUAUUUCGUAGUAGAAAUGAAUUUAAGUCAGCGAUGAAAGAAAAAACACCUGAAGUAACGUUAUUUUGUUCUGUUGCAGAUACUGCUAUCACUGCUAGCACUUUUGUUAGUACUGCAAUUAGUAACGUAGCUUUGACAGGGAUAACGACAGUUACCGCGACCACCACUGCUCUUACGAGUUCCUUUGUAGCUACACCGAACUCUCCAAAUAAUCAGCAUCAAAAAUCGAAGCAGUCUGUGUCGAUCUCAAUGAAUCCAUUCGAUUCAUCUUCACCAGUAGAAGAGCGGGAGCAAAUAACAGAUAGGAAAGGAAAAAUAGAAAAGUUAUUGAAUAAAAGACGAUAAGAAUAUUACCGAAUUGUAAUUUUUGAAUGUUGAUUUUAAUGAAUAAUUGGUAUCUUCAUUGUUGCUUUAACUUCGUUUAUUUUUUUCUCAACUCGGUCAAGUUUAUUCUAUUCCUUCUCCGUUUUGCUAUGUUUAAACUUUC